UUAUCGGUCAUCUUUAAAAAAACCCCCCCAAAACAGAGAUUUAUAUCUUAUAGUUCUGGAGCCUGGGAAGCCCAAGAGCAAGGGGCCCACAUCUCAUGAGGGCCUUUAUGCUGCAUCAUCCCAUGGUGGAAGACAGAAGAGCAAGACAGCACAAGAGAGCGAGAGCUCGAACUCACAAACUCAAGCCCUUUUAUAACUGGCAUUAAUCCAUUCAUGAGAGUGGAGCCCUUAUGACCUAAUCACCUCCUUUGAGGCCCCACCCCUCAACACUUGAAUUGGGGAUUAAAUUUUCAACACAUGUUUUUUGGGGGACACAUUCAAACCAUAGCAACUUUUUUACUGUGUUCAGGGAUCCCCGUGUCUUGCAGGCAGCAUUGAUGGUAUUAUUUCAUCCAGAUUGUUAGGAAACUCAUGCAGCAACAGAGCUCCUUGGUUGGAGCCAAUGACAUUACGCAGACUGUAUUAGUUUUCUAGGGCUGCCAUAACAAAGUACCACAAACUGAGUGGUUUAAAACAACAGAAAUUUAUUCUCACAGUUCUAGAGGCUAAAAGUCUGAAAUCUAGAUGUCAGCUGGGCCAUGCUCUCUCUGAAGGCUCUAGGGGAAAAUCCAUUCCAUGGCUUUCUCUUAGCUUCUGGUGUUGCCAGUGUUCCUUGGCUUGGAGAUGCAUCACUCCCAUCCCUGCCUCUGUUGUCAUAUGGAAUUCUCACUGUAUCUGCCUCUGUGUCUCUUAUCCUCUUCUCAUAAGGACACCAGCCAUAUUGGGUUAAGAUCCUACCCUAAGCUAGUAUCUGAUCGUAACUAAUUAUAUCUGAAACAACCCCUAUUUCCAAAUAAGUUUCUGGGAAGGAUGUGAAUUUUUGGAAAACACUAUUCAACCUAGUGCACAGACUCUAUGCUGACUGCCUGAAUGCAGACCAAUGACAUGCAGCACUGGCACCAGGGUCAGCAAUUUAUUCAGUUGAUGAAAAACUUACCACAAGGUCAUCUGCCACUACCCUCUAAAGCCAUGUUGAGCAGCAAAGUCAAGGUUGGCCUGGCCAGCUCCAAGUUACUCAAGGAAGUUGUGCUCACAAUCAGGAAUGAAUAGGAUUUAAAGAGGACACAAGGACAACCGAAGAGCAGCAGCCAUGCACAACAAGAAGACAGCAGGGACCUGGGAGUUCAGUGGGGGCUCUUGGGAUGGAAGAACAGGUAGCUCUUGAGUGCUGUGCAGAUUUUAAGAAGGAAUGUUCAGAAUCUUGUGUUGAGUGUAGCAGGUAUCUCCACAAGAAUCAUGGCAUCUCACCCAGGGACAAAAGUAGGGAUUGUGGGUUUAGGAUGGCAUGUACCUUUGCCAAAAGGCCAACACAUCAAAUGGCAUUGGAUAGAAGCCCAUGACAGCCUGCUAAGCCAAGUCAGCAAGAUGUUGAAGCAAUCAGAGGCCAGGCUGCUGCUGUUGAGCCUGGAGCCAAGCAGAGCUUGGAAGGAAAGGCCACAUCAUCUUGCCCACCUCUGCUAGGGGCAGGACGUUCCAUCAGGUGCUCACGGACACAGAAAUGCCAUUCAAACAGGUGUAAGUGCAGAUGGACUCCAUCUUAUUCAAUCCCAGUUCCAACAACAGCUUUUAUUGUUACAAGUGAUCAUCAGUGGCCCCUCACAUGUAUUUUGGCCUUGAUUAAAAUGGCAGCAUUUUUGCAAAUAUUUAAGUGUAUUUACUUAUAAAACUUGAAGUGGGAGGCAGUAAUAUUACUGACCGAGCACCUGAGAUGUGGGGAGCAGGAAAACUCUCUGGGUGUCCAUGCUGGGUCAGGCUGUCUGAUGCAGAAGGCUUUGUGACAGUGGCCAAGUCCCUUUCUGUGUUAGUCAAGGUAUAUGCUAACCUGCUGUAACAAAGGGAACCUUUUGUGUUUGGGGAAACACAGGGUUUCAAACAAGUUGGAAUUUUAUUUCUCUCUGAUGAAACAGCUCAGAAUUUGGCUGUGUCCUGCAAGGUAGUCCGAAACCCAGGUUCCUUCUAUCUUGUUCCUCCACAUGAAGAGUUCAGUAGGAUGCUUCUGGCCUGCAAGUACCAGAAAACUCAACUCAAAAUGGCUGACCCAGUAAGUCCCUUUAGGCGCCCGGUAGUCGGCGUCGCGUUUCCUUGGAGACUGAGACGAAAGAGAAAGCGUCCUAGGGAAGUUUGAGUGGCCUGUGUUACCGCGCUGUCGACAAGGAAGUUGGAGAAGCCGCACAGGAAUCCUGGAAGAUCAGGGCCCCACGGACUCACAACUCUCUUCCCAUUUCCCCCAAUGGCGCACGACUCACAGAAUCUUUCCAGACCCAGCCUCUCUGGAACUCAUUCCACAGUCCACAAGUUCCAGACUCUGGAUUAUGUUCCAUGGCAGCGGUCCAAACAGAAAACCAAGCUAUCUACUCUGCCUCCAGUCCGAGAAGCCGCUGGCCACAGUAAAAGCAGAAUGAAGACGUUGACUAGGGUCCAGCCAGUGUUGCACUCUAAGCCCACCAUGGUGGUGACAAGCCAGCUGAGGGAUCCACGAGAACUGCGCAGAAGGGAGCAGAUGGACCCUGGGAGGAAGGAGGCCACAAUGCGGUUAAUGAGGAAGAUGCUCAGGAACCGGCGGAACUCUCUCCGGGAGCUUCUCAACCACGAGAACUUCCUCACCGGGCUCAAUCGGGAGCUGAUCCGGACCAUCCAGGACAUGGAGGACAGCACGGCCCUGAACGUGCGCGCAAUGCUGCAGCAGCAGGACAUCCUCACGACCGUCAUCGACAUCUUGGAGUGGUCGAACAAGAAGAGGCUGCAGCAGUUGAAGUGUGAGCUUCAGGAGUGGGAAGAGAAGGAGAAGCUCAAGAUGAGCUUCCUGGAGCAGCAGGUGGAGCAGCUGAAUGCCAGGAUCCAGAAGACCCACGAGGAGGUGAACUUCCUGAGCACUUACAUGGACCACGAGUAUCCCGUCAAGUCAGUCCAGAUUGCCAGCCUCAUGCGCCAGCUGCAGCAGGUGAAGGACAGCCAGCAGGAUGAGCUGGACGAUCUUAGUGAGAUGCGUCGCAUGGUCCUGGAGUGUAUGUCCAAAAAAAUUGAGCAGCAGCAGAAGAAAGUUCUGAGGUCUCUGGUGGUGAAAACCCAGCAACCCCAUCAGGAGGCUCUUGUACAGAAGACCCGGGAGAGCCAGGACCUGCUGAAAUGCAUUCACAGGUUCAGAGAUGUGCACCCCAGACAUGGACAUCAUCCUCAACAUCCCUGUGGAAGAGCCGCUACCCUUCUAGAUGGCAGAGCCGUGGGCCGCCCCUCCCUGCCUGGUCUCUUCCCAGCACCUGCAGCCUGGAGUCAUUUGCUUCUCAGACAGUGUCUUCAUUCAGACCCUGAUGCACAGUUCUUCCAUCCUUCCCUCCCUCCUGUCUAGUUUUUUUUUUUUUCUCUCUCCUUCACUUCUUUCUGGUUGAUGUUGCUGCUUAGACCAGGUUGGAAUUCCCAGUUAAAUCUGCUGUUCCUUUUUACCAAUAAAGCUGGAUUUGCAUUUGC